GAAAAGGAGGGAGCAAGUUCAUUCGGCCCCCGCCUGCGCGCGGGCGGGGCUUCCGGAGGUGGGACCCUGGGGGUGGGGCGCGCCUGGAGCUGACGUCGUCGGAGCCCACACUCUGCCCCAAGAUGACAGCGAGCAAGCGGGUCGCGAAGGAGCUGGAGGAUCUUCAGAAGAAGCUUCCCUGGUACCUGGGGAACCUGUUCAGCGAAGACACCAACGUCCUGGUGUGGCAUGCACUCCUCCUGCCCGAGACGCCACCCUACAACCUCAAGGCCUUCCACCUGCGUAUCAGCUUCCCCAAGGAGUAUCCGUUAAUGCCCCCCACGGUGACGUUCACCACCCCAAUCUACCACCCCAACGUGGACCCCGAGGGCCGGGUGUGCCUACCCAUCAUCAGCAACCAGCACUGGAAGCCCUACACCAAGGCCUAUGAAGUGCUGGAGGCCGUCAAUAUGCUGGUGAACAGGCCAGACCCGGGGGAGCCUGUGCGCAUGGAGCUCGCUGACCUGCUAAAGCAGAACCCGGAGCUGUUCUACAGGAGCGCGGAAGAGCACACCCUCCAGUUUGGAGAGCAGCGACCCUCCUAACUCUGGUCUGCCCCACUGUGGGCGUGACGGACGGACACACCGCAUGGACUGGGGCCAGAGCCCCUUGGUGGCCCAUGCCCUGCUAUUUUACGUUUGUUUGUUUUUUUUCCUCCUUAAGUUGUUAGUCGUUAGUUGUGUGUGUGGUAUGUGCAGACCAGUUCCAGGUUCACCUGGCCACAGGUGUGCUUUCCCACUCCCUUUCUCUGCCCCAGAGCCGGGCAUGUUAGGUUUGCAGAAUCACAGGCCAGCUGUCCAGUGUUCUCGGAUGUGAGGGUCCUGAUCUUACUAGUGGCUCUAUCUUGAGGUCACCUUCCAGGCCAGCUCACAGGAAAUGAGCCCAGCAGCCAAUCAGAAUCCCCGUGGGGGCC